AAGUUGACCUCCAGAGAUUCUCUUUCAUCAGACACAGCCUCAAAAAGACAAGAGGAACAUUUGCCUUUUCCACUCCCUUCCUGGAAAGAUGCAAGGUGCUUUAAUAGGCUCAUGGCACAGCAAUGGCUUCUAUGGGCACUACAGAGGCCAGUUCAAGAGUGAAAGUGCUGGAGAAUACCGCCUUGCAGCCAAGCCCCAGCCUCCAGCAGUGUUCCUGCAGCGAUGUCAGGAGCCUGCACAACAACACUUCUUCUCCAAGCAUGACAAUCGCACUUCCUUCGACAAAGGCCCCUACUGCCUGCUGCAGGGAAUCGGAAGGCGGAAAGACCUGGAGCGCCUGUGGCAGCGGCAUACCUUCCUGCGCUGGGCACCCUGUGAGAUGGAGUUGUGCCAACACGGGCCCCUCGAAUCUUCCUACCAGACUGAUUUCCGGCCAGGCCCAGGACUCAGUGGCCUCCCCCAGCGCCUUGUCCACUUUGUGCAGGUCCAGCCUCCCCAUGCCAACACCACCUACCAGCAGAACUUCUGCCCACCAACCCGGGGUGGCCAUUGUGGCAAUCCAAAGGUAGGGACCAAGCCACCAGUCACUAACAUACUGCCUGACCUCCCAGGGAUCCCAAGACCCAAGAUGCUACAACACUACCUUCAUGCUGGGGUCUCUGAGUGUCUAAACUGGUCCAGAGCAUUAAAUAAGGACAGCUGA